AAAAACUCUGAAAUCAAAAGAAAGAAGAAAAAAAAGUCUCUGUUUUUUCUCUCUUCCCUGUUUUUCUGUGUCUUUCUCCUCCGUGUUCCGUCGUCUUCUCUCUCUGCGUUCCUUCUUGAAGCCGGAGGAAGCCCAAAACCCUUGGAAUAAAAAACAACGGCCUCUCUGCUACUGAUUGAUAGAAAACAAAAAUCUCAAACCUAGAGAAGAAAGCGACGUACUGUAUAUUCUCAAGACUAACUGGAUCUCUCGUUGAUCUUCAAUAAACCCUUUUUGCAAUCAGUCUCAUAAGAGUCUACAACUCGUGGGCUUCUAUUUUUCUUGUUGGGGUUUCAACGUUUUCCUCUGUGAAGAAAGAGAUUGACUUUCAUGGAGAUGAACCUCUGCUGGAAUUUGUAGAUUCAAUUAGGGUGUUUUCUGGGUUUUGUGGUGCUUCGAUAGGGGUUUUUGGUGCGUUGGUGGUGGGUGAUGGGUAGUAGUGAUGAGCGAAACUGUAAGGCGAUUGAUGCGUCGGUAGGAGGUUUGGUUUGGGUCCGACGUCGUAACGGGGCUUGGUGGCCGGGUCGGAUUAUGGCUCAUCACGAGGUUCCUGACGGUACUAUUGUUUCUCCUAAAUCUGGUACUCCUAUUAAGCUUCUAGGUCGUGACGAUGCUAGCGUGGAUUGGUAUAAUCUUGAAAAGUCCAAGAGAGUGAAGGCGUUUCGUUGUGGGGAGUAUGAUGCUUGUAUUGCGACGGCAAAGGCUACUGCAUCGACUACUGGUAAGAAGGCUGUCAAGUAUGCCCGUAGAGAAGAUGCUAUUGCUCAUGCUCUUGAGAUUGAGAAUGCACACCUUGCCAAAGAUCACCCUCCGUGUAUUGAGAAGGCUAGUACAUCUGGUGAAGUUUCCAGAAAGGGUAUUGAGGACUCGGGUGAUGUGGCAGAGACUGAAGUUGCAUUGCAAUCUACUAUGUCUUUGAAAAAAACCAAGAACGGCAAAGCUUCUAAGGUGCAGCCUUUGUCAGAAAAGAGAAGAAGAACACCAAAUGACUCGGAAGAUGAUGGGACUCAAACAAACAAACGAAUGAGAGGACUUGAGGAUAUUGGAAUGGGUACUGGAUCGAAAGGGAAAGUACAGGUCGGUGCACUGCUCGAGGAUACGCAGGAAAAUGGUUUUAAAAGUGAUACAAACAACAUCAAUGAUUCUGUGUCAAAUGGGAGUCUUUCCAAUGGCAGUAGCAGGGAUUGCUCUCCGUCAAUGAAAAGAAAAAGGUCGCCUGUCGUCAUUGCGAAUGACUACUCUAAAAGGAAAAACCGACGACGGACACUGACAAAAGUGUUAGAGAGUACAGCUACGGUGUCUAUCCCUGGUACCUGUGACAAACUUGUCAAUUCUGAUUGUUUGUCUCUUCCAGGGGUUUCUGAAAGCGAUAAUAACUCGGACAGCAAUGAGGUUUUCUCUGAGAAUGUUUCUGAAAAUAUUGUUGAAGUGAUCAAUGACAAGGGGAAAGAGAGUGAAGUCUCGAACAUAUCAGUUUUGGCAAAGGAUGACUCAUCCAAUGGAUUAUUUGAUGUUCCACUAAAUGGAGAUGAAAAAUACCCUUCAGGUAUUUCGACGGUGCCUUUCACAUCUUCUUCACCCAGGAAGGCUCUUGUUUCUGGACCGACGAGACGGUUUGGUCAGAGUAGCCAUGAUGAUGUGGUGAAAAGCGAAGGAAGUAAUGGAUCUCCUAGUACAAGUCCAGCAGCUACACUUUUCAAUGGGAUUAAGAAGAGCACUUCUAAAUGGCAGCUAAAAGGGAAAAGGAAUUCAAGGCAGAUGAGUAAAAAACAAGUAGAAAGAAGAAAUGCGUACGCCGAAGAAGCCAACAACAAUGCUUUACCUCAUUGGUCUGUCUCUGAUCAAAAGCCACGCAGUCUUUUCAGCGUUGGCACUCAAGCUAUGGGAAGAAAUUCUGAACUGUAUGACGUGAAGAUCGAGGUAAAAGCUAACUAUAAACCCCGUAAUGUUCCGCUGAUUUCCCUUAGGAGUAAACUGAAUGGUGAAGCUAUUGUCGGGCAUCCUUCAGUGGUUGAAGUGCUUGAAGAUGGAUCAUGUGGCCACAUUGUGAGUAGUCAUAGAAUUGAUGAUGCGAAGCCAAAACCAUCAUCAAAAAAGAAAUCCAAGAAAAAGAAACCACAUUUUCCUCCACAGGCAUCAAAGUCGAAGAAAUCUUCAUCUCUAGCAAUAAAGACAAGGUGUCUCUCCGCUCUAAGUGGCCAGAAGCUGACACUAAGUAGCAAGAAAAAGGUAAUGAUAGAGUCGACGAAAGAACGAAUUGUAGCUUGCAUCCCUCUGAAAGUAGUCUUCAGUAGGAUAAACGAAGCAGUGAAGGGCUCAGCGAGACAAGUGCACAGAUCAUUACCAUCUGCAGGUAAUACAGGAUGAGAUGAGUUUGGUCUCUGUUCUAUGUCCUACCAUUUGUUUCCUACGUUCAUUUACCUCGGUUUUAAGCAUUCACCGAGAUUAAAUUAGCCCGGUUUUUGAGGGUGAUGGAUGGUUUCCGUACAAUACAGAGAGAUAUAUAGGCCUUGUGAGAAAGAACAAGAGAGAAGAAUAUGGAAGUGAACUUGUAUCUGUAAAUAUUAGCAAUAGCAAUUAGUGGUGGGACGUGUAAUUUUUAAAAAGGAAAAAAAAAACUCAGAUUGCAUUUCUAAACUUGUCAAACUCAAAAGGAGAAGAAACUUUUUAGCUAUAUGGUUUUUUGUUUCCUCUGUUUCAUGAAACAAUUUGUGCUUUGUGAUCCAAUUCAUGUUUCUUAAGGCUGAUUUUGCAGAUUGAAACCCUCUCACAAAGGCUUGAUAGAAGUAAGACUAGGAAACAGAACAAACCAAACUCGGUCCAAAUGGUACAGAUCAAAGAAAAGUCAAAUGACACAAGUUUUAAUUGAAAAGAGAAUGAAAACAAAGAUACCAUUUACGAAGAAAAGAGAAGAGAAGAAUAUGCGUUGACAAA